AUGUCGACGGCAGCAGAUUUGCCGAAUCGUCGCCAUCAACAACAGCGAUUCGUCACCGUUGAACAACGCCGUCAGCAACAUCAACUGAUUGCCGCUUCUCGAUUCGCCGAUUACGCUCCGAAGCGAACGAUGCACAUCUCGCCAAAAACCUAUUCGGCUAUCGUGUUCUGCACGAGGAUCUUCAUAUUGAUUCUCGCCAUCGUCUCAAUGAUUCUGAUUCUCACCGCUCCCGGCGCGUGCUUCUCACGCUACCUAAACGGUCAGGCAAUUAGUCGAGAGAUCUGCCCCGGCCAGAACAGCAUAUUCCCAAUGAACGCCGAUCGCUGGUCGAACGCGCUACACUUUCAGGGUCGCGGUCAAAACGUCUACGGCCAAGUGGCAUUGAUUUGCGUCAGUCUCGCGUUCUCGCUCAUCACCGUCGGCGUCAGCUGCAUCGCGUUGGCCACCGGCAACAUUCUCACCUAUCCGCAAAUUUUCGCCUCCGGCCUUUCGAUGAUCGCAUUCCUCGUGUGCGGCGGCGUCGAGACGUGGUACGCCACCGGCUUCGAUCACAUGGAAUUCUUCAUUCAGGCCGUCGGCAACGGCGUCUUCUCGGGCUGCGCCGGCCUUCCCGGCUGCCAAAUCCAAUUCGUCGUCAAAGGCUGGGCGGUGGCGGCCGCGUUCUAUUUUCUCGGCGCGCUUCUCUUUAUUGUCGACAUGGCGUUGACCUUCUUCGCGCGCGAAAGUGAGCAGCCCACACCGCCCGUCGUGUUCAUGAGCAAUCGCAAUCUACCAACAUCCUAA